UUCCCACAGCUCGAUUCCCUGAUAUUUCCUUCUGCUGUCCCAAAGGAGAUAUUUGCUUCUCUCAUGAGAGUGGUAAGCCAGUCCCUGCCAGUUCUUGCCCUAGAGAGUCUUUAACAAUGUUGUGUGAAUUUAUGUUUUUCACCUGUCCUACACUUGGCCAAAUGGUAAUUUCUGGUAUCACAUGAUAAAUUACAUUUAAAAUAUCUGUACAUUAAAUUGAGACUUUAUUUUGGUUAAAUUGCGAACAAUAUUCUGCUAUUUGACCAUUUAUAUUAAAAGGAGAUGGUCUCUGGGUGAUUCUGUUGUCUUUAUGGAUAGCAGGGAGUGAAAACUUUUUUUUUUUCAUAGAAGGCCAGGAUGAAUAUAGGUGGGCAACUCAUCAGCAUCUUGGGAGGCCAUUAAUCCAAAUCAGUGUUUUUAGAGCUAACUGCCCUCAUGUUAUAAAGAGCAUGCAGCCUUUCUACAAACCUAAACUGCAUCUAGAUCAAUAGCAAUGAAUGUAAUAGGUUUAGAAAAUUUGAUUUGGUCUUCUAAAGCAAUGUAGGUUGGCAUUAGAACAUUUAGAAGGGAGUCUCUGGGUCACAGCAGUCCUCCCCAGUGGCAUCCAGUGCAACUGGAGCAAAGCUUCUUUCAUUUUAUCCCUUGCUUCUUAGCUGGGCAGCUAUGAAAGUGAAGGAAGAAGAAAUCAUGAAUCCAAGAUUGCACAAGAAUUCCGGUAUCUCUACAGAUGAAUAAGAUAUAACAAAUACUACUGAAUUGUGGGGCAGGAAAAAAACAUAUAUUUAAGUCUUUCCGGGAGGUGUGAGCUGGAUGCUCUGACUAAAGUUCAUAAUCAAGUGAUUGGCACAAGCUGAUCCUGGUGAUCCAGGCACAAAUGUAAAAAACGAGGAAGAGAGAGGUCUAGUUAAUAAGUAAUUCCUCGUCAUAAUGCAGGUUUGAACAAACAGUACAGUUUCCCAACAGAAAGGAUAGUACCUCGGCUUAAACGCCCUCCAGCCUGAGUAUAUUACUUCUUCCUCUCACCAAGAAGAAUAUGAAAAACAGGAAGAGUCAGGAAGCACAGACGCUUCCUUCCAGGUGUCCGGAUAACAGUGCCUUCAAACAGCAGAAGCUGCCAGCUUGGAAGCCCAAGCUCACUAUUACAACUGUGCUCUCUAGCUUCUUUGUCACUGGGGUGUUCUGCCUUUCUGCGGGAGUCUGUCUCAUACUGUCCACAAACAGCGUCAGAGAGAUCCAGAUUAAUUAUUCAGAUAAAUGCUCAGAUUGUUCAAAACUUCGUGAAAAUUCCUCUAAUUGGAAUAAUGAAUGCUACUGUUCUGUUGACUUCAUGCUAAAGGAAGAUAUGCUGGGUGAUGUUUUUAUGUACUAUGGCCUGCAAAACUUUUAUCAGAACCACCGUCGAUAUGUGAUAUCGAGAAGUGAUGCCCAAUUGUUGGGUCGAGAUGUAGAUAUUCAGAAGAGCUACUGUGCGCCUUUCACGACUUAUCAAAACGGAACACCAAUGGCUCCAUGCGGUGCCAUUGCCAACAGCAUAUUCAAUGAUACUAUUGAUCUUUUUUACAACCUUAACUCAUCUGUUAUUCAAGUCCCACUGCUGAAGACUGGAAACAGUUGGUGGACAGAUAAAAAUGUGAAAUUUCGCAAUCCAAAAUCAUACAAUCUUUCUUCUGCAUUUGCAGGGACAGCAAGACCUCCUUACUGGCAGAAACCGGUAUAUAUGUUAGAUGAGGAAGAUGAAGGGAACAACGGUUAUAUCAAUGAUGACUUCCUUAUUUGGAUGCGAGUGUCAGCCUUUUCUACAUUCAGAAAUCUUUACCGUCGUGUCAGCCGCACAAACCAGUUUGCUGAUGGCCUCCCAGCAGGAAAUUACACUUUUCAUAUUUCCUAUAAUUUCCCUGUUAGCAAAUUUAAGGGGAAGAAGCAUGUGAUUCUUUCAACUGUGGUAUGGAGCGGAGGAAGUAACCCAUUCCUGGGAAUUGCCUACACAGUUUGUGGCACGGCAGCAACCCUGACAGGUUUUGUUAUAAUUGCCAUCCACUUACAGCUCAGAAAAAAGAAAACAUUCAUCCAGAAAUAAGAAAAUUCCCUCGCUUUCUGAACAAAAGCAAAGGUGUGCUGUGAAUGAAGAACAGUCAACACAGUCCUUCCUUUCUUUCCCCUGUGCUCUGGAUCCGCUUCACUAAUGGGUGUGGU